AUGCCCGGAAGUCCCCGCAGACUUCUCACAACUUUCCCGGGUAAAUCAGUUGUAAAGUCGGCGCGUGAGGAGAACAAGAAGAAGAAGAAGCACGAGCUCUGUUUUCUCGAGGCUCUCCAGGUGCAGACAGGUGACAGCUCUCUCUCUAUCUCUGCUCACACACACAGACACUCGCUCCUCUUCCUCCUCUGCAGCUUCAGGAGCGUGUUUGCUUCCCCGGCGGUGUGGAUGUGAUGUUAAGUAAACGAGCGAAGAUUUCUGGUUCCUCCUCCUCCUCCUCCCUCAGAGGUGCGCGCGCUGCUCACUCCCUGAACGUGUGAGUGUGUAUGUGUGUGUGUGUUUCUCUUAUCUCCUCUUCCCCAUUCACAGCUUCAUCUCCUCCUCUCUAUCUCCUCUUUAAAUCUUUGUUUUGUUGAAGGGUUCCUCUCCUCGUCUGUUUACACAACGACCCUCACACCAUUCACAGGGAUCCUCGGACCCUCUGUUUGCUCCACUGAUAGCAGGAUUUGUUAGUUUGUGGUAAACAACUGCCGGCUAUUGACAGCUUUAUGGUCAAUGUUUGUUAUUCUUUAGUGUGUAAAUGUGUAGAAGUGAGGGGGAAGAUUCAUUAUAUUCAAACCCUCAAGAUAACUUUAUGUAGCAGGUGAAGGCUAAGCUACUGGGCCUAGUGCAUACAGGUACGGUGGCCCUAAAGGUGAACUGGGGGAAAAAAAUGUUUUUGAAACCCCAAAAAAUUCAGGCAAGAAAUUUUUGUAUUUUUAUGCAUAAUUAGGCAAUAUUUAUGCUGCGAUCCAGUUACCCCAGAAGUCAGAUGUCGGAGCUGGGAAUGGUGCUACACCCGAGUUUACGGCGUUCCAGUUAACAAGUGGGAAAACCAAGAUGGACGCCUACCGUUAGCCGUUGUUAGCAAUACGCACAACGCGGUAUUUUACUCGUACAAACACCAUAGCACCGUGUUCACAGUUAGACGUUGGGCAGUACAACAAAUACAGCUUAUUUAAUUUCACAAAAACAAAACAGAAGUACUGAUAAGUAAAACAUGACGAGAGCUUUCACUGUUACUCUUUACUGUUGAUGCACUGCGAUGCCAUCUUGGAUUAUGAUGUUGUCAAGUUGGGGUUGGGGAGGAUCGUCUGACUUUCCGAGUCAGGAAUCUGACUUCAGGGGGGCGUUCAAGAUGAAUUUCUGACUCAGAGCUUGGAAAUUCUGACUUUCAAGAACAACUGGAACGCAGCAUUAUCACAUUGAUUCAGGGAAACAAGUAAGACUUUUUUUCCUUGUUUCCUUUUUUGCACAUAUUAGUAACUGCUUAAUGAGAUCUAUCAUUUUCCAUGAUAAUUAAGUUUUUUAUUAUUUCAAUCAGGUUUAUCCUACUGUGAGUGGAGAAUGCUUUUUUAGGGCGAUGUGGUAUAGUGCGGCUGCAACCGUGACAACAGUCUCACUCACACAGGAGAGGUUAAAAAAUCCAUAUCCCCAGCUUAGUUCAGACUUUCAGUCAACAAAUAAAUAUACUGUAUAUAUCUACAGUAUAAUCCCAGUUUUAGAUCCAUUGAUUCUAGUUUAAAGCCUAAGGCCUGGAGCUCAUCACCUGCUCCUGGUUGUGUAUGAGAGCAAAGUCAAAGAUCUCUCAAGGUUACAAAAACAGGUCAUGAGUCUGUGUUGUCUUUACAACACCUGCUGAACUGAACAAAAACAGUUUCUGGCAGCCCGCUCUGCCUGAGUGCAGUCAUCACAAGUCCCCCCUAGAAUGCAGGUGUCUCAUCCUCUGCCUGCCUGUUUGUUCAAUAUGAUGAGAAUAUGUGUGUUUCUGCCUGCUUUAUAUGUGCCAUUGUCUCUGUGUGUAUUCAGUAACGCGAGGAAGAGUGUGUCGGCGCAGGGAGCAGAGACACAAGAGGAAACAGGUUCUCCUGAGCGGGGACGACAGGAUGCCCUUUCUGACACCGACGUGACACCCACAGACAUGGAUAGGAGAGGGCACCUGGGGGAGAGUCGUGCUUUUCUACACAACGUGGGUAAGUAGCUGAAUCAGUGACCUUUCAAAAUAAAAGGGAAGGACAUCCUCAUUGGUGAUAUUACUCACAAAAUAACAUGUCUAGUUAAAGCAUGAACUUCUUACAUUUUUAUUUAAAGAAAACUAGAAUCAUGAGAGACUGAACGGCACAAAAUGAAAAUUUAAACUCUAAAUCCAGCACUCCUAAAAAUGUAACAAAAACGUCUCUCCUCUCGGUGCUGAAAUAAACAUAUUUGGAUAACUUCAGUGGUAAUUUCCCACUCAACAGAUCAUUAGUGUCAAAAAGCCUCAAACAAUGUGCCUCAACCUGUUGCAUUUGGCACACGUCAGCUGGAAGAAUGAUGGCAACAGCAAUAAGGAAGGGAGAACAUUUUCCAGUAGUGAAAAUGAUUUACAACCCUCACUUAUCACACAGCAUGCCUUGUAGCAAAAGCAAUGCAUGCUGGUCGACUGAGGCUACCUUCAGUGGAAAAAACUGGUGUUUCAAAAUUCUCUCUUAUGAGGAAUGGAUCUCUUAAAGCUCGCUGUUUUUGAUUGUGAAGGAAUACAGAGAGUUCAUGUUAUUUACUUAAACCUGUUCUGCAUGAGUUAAGGUAAGAGGUGGUAACAGGUUUGGAUGCAGCACAAAGAAAGGUUGAGCAUGUUGGGAAAAUUAGUUUAAGGUUUAAUGUUUCGAGCCUAAAUGAUAAAUAUUUCCCUGAAGUAAAAAAAAUAGACUUAACUCUGUAGUUUCAGCUCUGCUUUCCUGCUUUGUGAGGAGUGCAAACAUACUGAAUUUUGGUUUAGCUCUAAAUUUAACUUGUUAUCUUCUUAAGUACAUAGAAAACCUCACUUUUUUGACAGAUAACAGAAAAAUAAAAACAUUUCCAAGUCUUUUUUUAGUUAUUGUGUGACCUAAUCAUGAUGUAUCUUAUAAGGCCAUGGGACCAACAAACACUGAAGCAGUUUGAGCCACAGAUCUGAGUGAAAGACGUUAAAAACUGCACAUAAAAAUACAUUCGUACAAUAAAAACUAUCAAUAGAAACAAGAGGAGAAGAAGAGAAGUCACUUUUCUGCACCAAACUUAGAUUGAUCAUAUAACCAGAUCUAACUUAAACAGCAUUUAUAAUCUAUGUAUCAAGCAAACAGCAAACUUUAUCUUGAAUGUUGAAAACUAUGAAAAAAAGAUAUCCACAAUAACAUUCCUCCUGUUGACAAUGUUAGACCUUACAAUAGUUGCCCAUCAAAAUGUAUUACAUAGGAAUCUGACAUGAUUAUUAUGCCUAAUAAUAAGUGGGCUGUAGAUAUCUUAAUUUUAUACUUUUUCUACAUGGAUAUCUGAAAUACUCACUCUGACUUGGAAGAACUGACUUACAGAUAUCUGUACUAUUCAGAUAAUAAAAUGUCAUGUCAUAUGUAGCACAACUCAUAGUUCACAGCUUUGAUGCCCUUUUUUAAAUCAUCAUUUUAAAGCCUACAGCUAAACUCCCACAUGAAAAACCUUAAUUCGUCAAAAUAAAUUAUGCUUUCCAGGAUUACAGAUUAACUGAAAAUGUUCCAGAAAAAUUUAUUCCUGUAUUUCAGAUCAGAAACUCAAAAAAAAGUCAUCUGUUAAUUUAAGUUUGUCGUCAACAUGUAGAGGACAGAGUAACUAAAAAGUUUACACCAGAGGUGAGACACAUUGACGGCAGCAGUUUGCCGUAGAACAAUGGGUUAUGUAACAGUUCACAAAAGCUGCUAUUGUUUUCAUCUGUGGUUUUUAAAUUGACCUUAUGAACUCAGUAAUUUUGACAAGAUGAUUGAUGACAAACGAGAUGUCAUAAUUAUUCUAACAGUACCAAACUUGUUACACUUCGCCAGUGAUGAACUUUGUGCCAAACAGCUAAUGGGGAUGGUAUGAAUGAGGGGGAAUUUAAUCUAAUAGUGUUUGUUCACGGGAGAUGUUCAACAAAAAUAUAAACAGGCUUUCUGGAAAAAUCUGUCGUUGUGACGUGAGGGCAGAGAGGAACACAGUGACAAUGGCUGCGACCCAGACAUGAUGAACCAGUCUGCAGCAGGUUCAAACAGCAGGCGGGCGGCACAGCUCCUCUCUUUCACUGGAAUUUGCGGUGGAGAAAUAAAAGCUGCCAUUGUCUCUCGCUUCCUCUGAUGGCCUCAGCUGGUUGUCUGUGGAUCCUCCUGACAGAUGGCGGCAUCCGCUGACACACUUACUGUCACAGUGUGUCAUCGGCGUCCCUACAGUCAGGAUGAAAGAAAACAAAACGCUGCUCUGAGUGACUUUCAGCUGUUAUUUUUUUUUACUAUAGAGAAGUUUCUGUCUUCAACCUCCAUUCAGCAGAUCAGAUUUUACAUUUGUGUCUGAACACUUUGAUGUGUGAAAUAUUGUUUAGAGAGAAAGACAAAAAGCUCUUCCACUCUCAAGCAGAGUAGACCCUGAUCUGGCAGCCUUUAAGUCUUACUGGCAUCUCUAUCACCUGUCCAUUUUAUUCAUAAACAUUUCCUUUAAGAAAUUACUUCAUAUUUUAGCGAAUCAAAUCACUUUAAACCAUAUUUUCAUAAGACAAAAAUGUAUAACCAGGACUGACCAUUUAAUAAAAGCAUGCAACUAUACAGAGGGAAUUUCACUUUUUAAUAUGUAACCAUUUAGUACGAUAAGACAAAUAUAUAUGAUAUGAUACAAUUCACUCCCAAACUAUAUAAUGCUAUGUGAUACAAUACAGUAAAAUAGCGUAGGACCAAUAUGCUACAGUAAGAUAUGAUACGAUAUGAAGCUUUACAAUACAAUGUGAUAGGAUACUAUAUGAUGCAGUAAGACAGCAUAAGACCAAUAUGGUAGGAUACGGUACAAAGCUUUGCAAUGUGGAAAUAGGUUUCUUUUUUCCUUUUUCUCAGACAUGUUAUCUUUUUCACGUACCUUGACUUAUUUUGGCAGAAACACAGCGGUAGGCUCAGAUUGACAGGAGGGUCACGCCUCCAUAACAACAGCUAAUUUGACGUGUCACACCUACCACCAAGUGACACUUCUGAGGAAGGCGGAAACUUCUGCCGAAACAUGUUACAGUACGUGAAAAAGAUUACACGUCUGAGAUAAAGGAAAAAAAUAAAAAUAUUUCUAAAAAACUGAAGACAUAAUGAACAUCAUUUCACUAGCUUUACAAUAUGAUAUGAUACGAGUCGUUCCAAAAUGAUAUGACAGGAUAUAAUGUCAGUAAGAUAGCACAAGGCCAAUAUGCUAUGGUAGUAUAUGAUACGAUACGAUACAAUACGAUACAAAGCGAUACAAUAUGAUAUGAUGUGCUAUCUUACUGUAUCGUAUAGUAUCAUAAGACCUAUGUGCCAUGAUAUGAUAUGAUACAAAGGUAUACCACAUGACACAACACAAUAGAUACAGUAAGAUAGCAUAGGACCAAUAUGUAAUGAUAGAAUACGAUACAAAGCUUUUCAAUAUAGUAUGAUACAAAAUGAUAUGAUUUGUUUCAAAAUGAUAUGAUAGGAUAUAAUGUCAGUAAGAUAGGAUGAGACCAAUAUUAUACAAUAUGAUAUGAUUUAUUACAAUUCGAUAUGUAACGAUACGAUACAAUACAGUCGGAAAGCAUAAGACCGAUAUGCUACAAUACAAAGCUAUAAGAUAUAUGAUGUGAUAUGAUAAGAUGCAAUACAGUAUGAUACAGUCAGAUAGGAUAAGACCAAUAUGGUACGAUAGGAUACAACACCAAAUAAUACAGUAUGAGACAAUAUGAUAUGAAAUAACAUGAUAUUUUAUGAUUUGCAAUACUGUAAAAUGUAAAGACGUAAUUAGACGUAAUUAGGAAAACAUGAAUAACAUAAAUGACAGGGUACAAAUAGCUUGAAUUAAGUCAGUUUUACACUCAAUUCGGCAAUACAUUGCAACAACAAAUCGAUGGAGGUUCAUUUAUGUGGAAGAUGAAAGUCAAACUGACCGUGACAGUGCGCCGCUAACCUGAGCUACAGGAUACGACUUGUUUUUUCCAUCAAAAGUGGAAUGUAAAGGAGCUCACUUGGAGACAAUGGGGAAUGUGGUCGCCUGUUUUUUUAUUCAUCUUUUUCUUUGUGUGUUUUUUUCCCACAGAAAUUAGCCUCAUUGGUCUGAGUUACUAAAUGAUGGUUGUCGGUAUCACAGAAAACAAUCUAGUAGUAGUAGUAGACAGGUCUAGAUUGGGGUUUGCUGAGAGGCUACCAUUUCUCUCACAUAUCUGAUUUACACAACAGGUAUCCUUAAAGCUCAAUUAUUUUAUACUUUUUGGAAAUGAGCUUUAGUUAGAUACUUGAAUUAGACUGUUUUAUCCUCAGUUUGCCAACCUAUGUUAAAAAAGUUCCUGUUUUUUACUGUUUAACCAAAAAGAUUCUCGAAAUAAAAACUUGAUAUCAAGUCUGAAAUUUAACACUCUUCAGUUCAAGUUCAGACCGCACAUUGACAGAGCAGGAGGUCAAAUCCUUCCCUGAUUGUCAAAAAGCAUUUUUUCUCUCCCUCUUUCUCCAAUAAACACUCCCAGCAUCCCUCCAUUCUUCCUGCUGGGACCAGUGAUGGAGCAGCCCUCCCUCCCAGUGAGGCAGCUCUCACCCCGGCUGCUUAUGUGCUGUGCGUGUAAUUUAAGUGACCCCGGCCUCUAGCCGUACAGAGAGGAGGCCGUUAAAGAACACACACAUGUGCAGAGCUGGGGAGGGUUGUUUUUAUGAAAUACAUUAGAGAUUUCUGUUUUAAGAAGAAGAGGAACUUUGGGAAAUUUGUCUUGGGCUGUUCACCCACACUUCAGCCUAAACAACAUUUACAUGAUAGAAUACAAAGAUAAAUAAUGAAUAACAGCAGUAUAAAAACAUAAAACAAUGUCAGCUCAGGCUUUUUCUGACUCUUACCUGCCAUCAUUUAAAAGUUUGAAAGUAAUAAACGAUUGUUCAGGAUGAGGAACUUUAGACAUCCCACCAGAGGAUAGAAUUACAACCCAAAUUUGCCAUCAACACCAUCAACUCUCAGACAGCUGUUGUUUCAAUCUGUAGCAGGACUUUACUAAAAUAACUACUCUUUUAGCCAAACAACCCAAAUUUAAGUAAUAUAAUCCAGUUUUUUGAGUUAUAAUUAAGAUUUAGCACUCUGGACCUCCAAUUGGACCCAUUUCUUCUGUAGAGAUUUGCCAAAUUUUACAUGCAUAUGUUCUACUAUUGCAGUAUUUUACAGAAAACAGAUUUUUCCUUGUAUAACCAAGCUUUUGCACCCAGUAUACAUAAUACCCACAGGAAUUUCUCUCUGAAGAAGUGCAUAUACUGUAUGCAUGAACACACAUACUGUACAUCUGCGCACACAAAAGCUCACAUAUCCCUCCACGGCUGCUCUGCACCCCUCGUCCGCCCUCCUCUGUGCCCCCCAUGUCUCAGGAAUGUGGGAAUGAUUGCCUUAAUUUUAUAAAGCGCACGGCUUCCUUUAGUUCAAUUUUCACCAACACCAUAAAAAAGAAGCAGUUGUAAGGUCAGCAAGAACCCAUCUGGUUUUGCCAUUGCUGCGGCUUUAAUGACCAGGUAAUAAAAGUUCAAUUUGACAGAAAUUACAACAGAUGUUUGAGGCUGAGAACCUCAGACAGACUCGGUUCCACAGCGGGAUGAAACCCCAGCCUGCAGGAGCUGCCUCGCUGCUCUGAUAAACUGUAGAAAGUGACUGAUGUUUGUGCAGCAUGAGAGAGUGCAUAAACCAUGAACAUUUUACAGUACACAGUAGACAGGUUUUAGCUUUGUGUACUUGGAUAACAGGGCGCACAAGUCUGCUUUUCAAUCUGCAAGGCAAGUUUAUUUGGAAAGCAACUUUUAACAGAAUAUGUGUGCAGACAUGUUGGAUGAUCUGAGAAGACUCCAACUGAAGAUUUCUGACAAAUAUUUUUCCAAUAUGAACAAAUUUAGCUCUUCUGAGUUUUCCCCGCAGUUAUCAAUCAACACAAACAAAAACCAGUAAAGUUUAUCAUUGUGGUGUUUGUGCUGAAUUGUGUUUUAAGUGCAUUGCCCUUCCCUGCACUGGCAAAGUCUUCUGUAGCUGAUGCGUCAUGGAACAAGAACUUUACACCAUGUCCUAACAGCACCAGUUUGUUUGUGGGGGGAGCCCUGACGAGUCGAUCACCGAGUGCAGCGGAGUUUCGCAGCCCAAGGAAGAACAUUUAUGAUUAUUAUUUCAUGGAAAUGCAAUCAGACCGAGAUACUAAGACAGAAGAUCGACCGUGUCUGCUGUGCAAAAUUAUUAUUAUGAUGAUUAUUACUUUAGGGGAAUGAUUCGCUGCAUUCUGUGAUCAACUCGUCAGGGCUCCCCCACAAACAAGCGGCUGCUGGAAGAGAGUCGGUGAGUUGUGUUUAGUCUCUUUGCUAAAGAAAUCAGGCAAAGUUAAAAAGAUGUUUGGUGUCUAGUACUAUGGCUGGGACCCUAUAUGUCCUGUUGAUGAAGUUAGGUGCUGUUCUGAGCAUUAUUUGUGGCUAUAGAGUGGCGUUUUGGUUGAGGUUUGCGCAUGGAGACAUAGCAGGGCUUGACACUAAGUUGAAAAAGUAAGGAGCACACAAAGAACUUUAGGGGCACAAUAAAAAUUGAUCAAAUAAUGUUUGUCUUGUUGGUCGACAUUAUUGUUUGAAAUCAAUUUUAGGUCAAUUGGUCACAUGACAUGGAAGCUAUUGAAGGAAAACAGCCUUUUUUUAAGAACAUCAACCAGUAAUUUAUUGAUGGUCCCUUAUUCAACACCCGACGUUGACAGCAAGGAUGCGGAGUAGAUUUAACUGCACUGCUGUUGUUAUUCCCGGUUAUGGAGAGUUAGAAGACACCAGAAGAUCCGCAAUAAAUUUGCAUCGAAUAUCCAACCUAAAACUAACCUCGCCUAAUUUUUUUAGGUGCACAUGUGCCCCUAAAUACAUUUUUCAAUUCGCACACAUCUAUUUUUAGUCGCAAAUGCAAGUGAAAUGGUCGCACUGUUGAGCCCUGUAUAGCCCGCUGUGUAUUGCUAUCGUGCGGUCGCUACUAAAGUUGGUAUAACUAGAGAAGCAAGUGGUCGGCAACAUUCAUCUCUAGAGGGGGUGUCUAACUCUGUGUUACGGUGUGUUUGACUGUAAUUUUCCUUUUAAGGAACAUUUUCUUAUGAAGCAAUAUCGGCUGCCACUGAGUGAAAGAUUAACAGAUUACUCCUCAUUCAGACGUAAUGAAUUUACUGCUCCUAGGCCAUGACUGUGCAAACAACAGGAAUAAACCUUGUGCCGGGUUGCUAUUGGGUACUUAGUUUCUCCAACAAACAAUGUGAUUUAGCUGAUUUUGAUACUGCCACUCACUUUUGUCCCAUCCAAUUACAUGAUGAUGAAAUGCUGACAAUAAAAACACUUUUCGGUUGCAGCCGCGCAUCAAAAACUUCGCUUUCCCUGUGUUUAAAGUUCUACCCAAGCUACUUGGCACUAAAAUGCCUAUUAAAUCACCAUUAAGUCAUUUAAACAGCACAAUAUAUCCGUCAUCCCUGUACCUGUCAUUCAAUCUCGUUCAUAUCUUCUAUUUAGCUACCCAGCAGGUACAGUAAGACUGUCAGACUCCAUGCCAGCCUCUGGGUUCACAGGUGAACCGUGAGAAAGUGUGUUAGUGUAGCUACACCUUUCUCACCCAACUGUAACUCACAGAAUCAAACUUUUGCAGGAAUGUCUCAGCGGAUAUGUGAAAUUGAACGACCUGAGGGCAGGUAUUCACCCGGCUCUUCUCUAUGUUUUCCCAUGCGUGAAAAACAGCAGAGGCUGUGUAAACCUGUGUGAAAAUAGUUUACAUUUCUGAUCCGUGUUCGACUCAGCGUGAGAGUCAACACGAUGUCACUUUCAUCAGUGACAAUUGUAAUCAAAAAGUGCGGUUAUUUUAAGUCAGGCUCCUGUCAGUCUUAAGAAAACUUCAUUUUAUACGUCUCCAAACACACAGCUGGAGUUUAAACUCAGACGAUUGACACUUGUUCUCACUUCAGCUGAUUUAUAAUUCCCACCUGAUUGAAAAUAAAGCGAAAACCUCAGCCAGUCUGCGUCUUUCUCAUAUGAUGGAUGAUCUCCACGGAGAAUUCUUCAACCUUUUCGCUUUUUGAAACCCUCCAAGCUUUCACACAAAAAAACACACUUUCGGCUCCUCUGUUUCCUGCUCACGGGCUCAGAGGUGACACAGAUACGUUCACGUGUAGCUCAACAUGUUCCCACCACGGAGCAGAAAACAUCAGACUUUAGGAUCCAUGGCUGAAAGUAAAGGGACUUUUUUGAGCCCCCUUUCUCUGACAAAGAGAGCGACGGGGCGGGUUGAGAGUAUUGUGUUUCUCUUCUGUUCGUGUGACUCAGGGAACAGCGUGAAAUAGUUUCACCAACAACACAGCCUUUUGUUUUUCAGAGCGUUUCUCUGGGUUUGUUGGUGUCGACAAAGGAGUGACGCUCCUGGACAAUAACGAUACUCUCUGGAGGGGGUUUCCUUCAGCUAAUGAUUUUUAUUAUGAGGAACAAGGAAAAAGGAAGAGCUCUGAGUCUGUUAAACCUCAGAAUAUUUGAAAUAAAUGUCCUUUUUUUCGCUCAUUUCCUUUUGUGUCAAUCAUUUGAUCUGACCCAGUUUUCUACCUGAGAAGUGGACAUAUUAAAACUUUAACUUAUUUUAAUACACAGACAUUUUCAGUCAAACUCAUCACAAAAAAUGAGGGCUACACUCUGAAUUUCCAAUAGUUUAUAUAUAUUAAAAAUCUUUAUCUAGAGUUAGUCCAGGCAGGCUGUUCAGGCUCUUUUGGUCAUGGCCAACAAAUGCAGUCUGGUUUUCCAGAUCGGGUACGUCUAAUGUGACUGAACACACUGUGAUCAAGAUAGUGGGAACUGAAGCGGCAGAGUAAAACACAGAUGAGUUUGAAUAUUUGGUUUCGACAUGAUAGGACAGAGGUUAUAGAAACUGGAAAAGAGUAAGGAGUAACAUGCAGGAAAGGAGCUGCAGACUGGAAGUGAACCUGGGCCGGCUGUUUGAGGAUGAUGGCCACCGUACCAAGGUUAUAAUAGUUUUGGAAUUUACAAUAAAGUUUAGUUUUUUUUCAUUUAGACUCUUUUUUUCCCCUCUAAUUCAGUCAGUUUUUUCUAAAUGUUUAGUUUUAAUCAGUUUUUGUUUUUCAUACUUGGUAAUAAGGUUAUUUACUCGUGCAACAUCAGGUUAUUUAAAUUUUGGCUCGAGUAAAAAGCUUAACUUUCGAAGGCGAUCAGCUCACGCAGUCUGGUAGACAUACCAGUCUCGAUAAACAUAAUUACCACUUCGUCUUCCCAUUUCUGGUGUUCCUGCAUGUUUACUAACCAGCAGUUCUUUGGUCGUCGGUGAAAACAGUCCAUUUUAGUUGUCUCCGGCUUCCUGGUGCUAUCUCCUGGCUGAGAUGUUGUUUCUUUUUGAGGGGAGCUACUCCAAUUUGUCGAGGUACUCCAGAUUAGCGUUCUUGUGUGAGCUUCUCAAAUGGACUUUAAGAUUUGUGAUUUUUUUUUUUCCAUUGUGAAGGGAAAAGGGCACUUGCUUUUGUCUUUCUCUCUGUCGUAUUUAAAGAAAUUUCGCAUAUGAUUUCGUAAAACCCAAGCUUUGUCGCCAUUUUGCCAGGUAGAAUGAUGAGAAGCCGACUGUAAAGAAGAAGUGAUGAACUGUGAGGUGUCGUACUGUGCUGCAGCUCACAUAAAAUUGCUUGAGUGAAAUAAAACAAUUUCAUAUCAAUCUGAAAUUGACAAAAACGAAAAUGAAGGGAUUUUUAUCUAGAAUUUUAACAUGUUUUAAUUAGUUUUUUAUUAUAGUUUUUAUUUAUUUCAGUCAACGAAAAUGUUUUUUCUAUUCUAGCUUUCGUCAUUUCGUUAGUUUUAAUUAACGAUGAUAACCCUGCUCAGUACAUGGGGUAUGCACUUGAACUGCUGGGCCAACAGCGCCCCACAAUCUUGAAAAUCAAAGUGAAUGUAAUUUAGUUACACAAAAUUUCUUAUUUUCUCACUAUCGAAGUGACGGGGUGGUGCUUUGUGAGCGGUAGGUAAAGGUCCUGUAAGGAAUUCAUGUAACUUUGAGUCUGUUCCGGGCCAGGCAUGUUACUAAAAAGUGAUUGUUUGAACAGAAAAUAGAAGAAAAGAGUCGAUAAAAUGACUUUUAUUGGUGGCUGUGGCUCAGUGGUAAAGUUGGUCGUCUUUUAAAUGAACUGACAGUGGUUUGGUCCCAGCUCCCACUGUCCACAUGCAUAAGUGUUCUUGGUAAAGACACUGAACCCCAUAUUGUUCCCAGUGGCACAGUCAGCAGUGAGUAAACGCAUAUGAAUAAGAUUAGUUAACGCUGAUGGGCACUUAUCAGAGCAGCGUCUGCCAUCGGAGUGUGAAUGUGGUGUGAAUGUAACGUAUCGUAGAAGCAAACAUGGUUAAAAGGGUGGGAUUUACCAAGUACAUGAAGUUUACAAGAAGUUAUCAAAACAACUAUCUGCAUGAGUUUAAAAUUAUGCACAGCAGUGUAAAUCUAAGCAUGUGUUUGUAAUGCUGGUUUGAAGUAAAUCGUUUUGAACAUUUUGGCAUCACUAGCUCUGCUCUGUAACUGCGUUCAGCUCUGUAAUGGACUGUAAAGAAACUUUCCAGCAUGUCAGUGAGAACGUUCAUCUAAACUCUUACGCCAGUGAAUAUAAAAUAAAAGGGGAGAGAUGUUCAUUUCUUCUGCUCAGUUUUCAUCAUUGUAAUUUCUUAAACAUGUAUCUCACAAAUAUUCAGUUUCGUUAUGUAUUGUAUAUUUAAUUGCACUUAAAUCAGGUGCCCUGUGGCAGUCACAACAGGCACUAAAAAGGGAGUAUUUCCUCACAUGAUAGCAUCUUACUCAUCACAUCGUCAUGCGAUUUAAAGGACUGCCAAGUGCAAUCACAUAGUAUCUGUUAAAAAAAAAGGGAACAUGAACACGGUUAAAAGAUGUACCAACUGCUUGUUGUGGCAACACGACAGAAGAAAGCAAUCAGCGCUCUGACAAACGUGCCUCAAACAAUAAACCUCCAACGACAAACGACACAUGAACAUAAUCUUAAAGUUUCUGUAGGAAAUUUUAACCAGAUUAUAAAAAGUAUUUUGCUUCUCCUGAUAUAUCUGUGUCACCUACAACAGCAAAUGAGCCCAUAAAUAGUGUAACUCCUACUUUCAAAAUUCGUUGGUUGGGUCUGCCCACUGACGAAACGACUAAGGCGGAUGUUACGGCACUUAGCGACACGAGAGGAGCAGUGAGCUGGCAAAGCUAUCCAGUGAAAGCAGAGCUAAAACAAAUAUCUACACAUGGCUGAUGAUGGGACGGGGUCCAAAAAAAGAAAGCGAAUUAGGACAGAAGAAAAGAAAAAAAAGUGAAAGGGAAUGUGAUCGAGCGAGGGCAAAAACGAGAAUAAACAUUGGCGAUUCCUACGUUAGGUGGAGGGAGUUUCAGGGCUUGAAGGGAUUCAAGUCAGAUCCUGAAUUUGCCCAGUUCUUCCUAGACAAGCUGCGCUUUUUUACACUGCUGGCGUGUUGAUAUGAAGAAAUAACAUUUCCAAGGAGAGCUAACAACUUAUGCUUUAUAUACUAAUCUACGGUCGAGUUAUCUAAUCUGUUUGUUGUAGGUUUACUGUUACGAAUGGGUUGUAACUGUAGGCUAAAAAUACAGUUCACAAUAAAACAACAUUAUUUUAUUUCACUGGUGGCAUAUUAUGUUUCACAGAAAUGCAAAUAUAUACAUAACUUCAUCACUACACAUCCUGCAGGUAGCCAAAAAAACAAAAAUCAGUACCAGUAAGUCCCAUCUCUUUUCAUUCGCCUACAACACAACUACCCACCAGACCAAAGACCUUGUGUCUUCACGCUCAAGAGCUCAUGGGAAAUGCAGUCAUCAUUCCAGCAAAACACUACCGCUUUUGUCCAUAGGGGCCGCCAAAUGCAACGGGAAAUGAAAACUCUGUUCAGCUGCUUCAACAGGGAAAGAAUUGAACGACAUUUAUAGUGUAAGAAAGUUUAUUUAAGUGACAGUGAUAUACAUAUUUAUUUUUGUUGUGCAGCAGCAGAAGUUAAUUAAAAUGAAUGAUUUCUGAUCCAUAAAUAAACCACAAACCUUUUUUGUUGUUUUUCUCUGUUAUCGUAAUGAUAAGGGAUUACACUUGACCUGCGAGGGUACAGCAUGAUGUCAUCUCUGCCUGUGCCGAGCGUGAUUCCCAUGGCUGCGAGGCUCAAGGAAGCAAGAGUUCAUUUCAUGACCUGUAUGUGCAUGCCUGCGUGAUCUCAAGCAAAGGUUUUAAUCACUGUCAGCAAAAAGGAAGUUAGUGAAGGGAAUGAAGAGUAAUAAGAUCGGGGGAGAAGACAAGACAAGACGAAAGACUGCAGGAAAAACAGAAAAAGAAAGGAGUUAUAAAAAUGUGCAGAAGAAUGAGGACGCAAAGGAGAGAAAAUAUUUUCUCUUCUUGUUUUCACCUGCUCUUGGCAGGAUUGAUAACAGGUUCCUGCGCUGUGAACAAACUUGAGCAACUCCUGCAUGUUUCCUCUUAAAGUCUGCAUUAAAAAAAACUUUAAUUACUGUUGAAUGACAAAAAAAGGAAAGAACUCUGACAAAGAGGGUAAAAACAAAGAGCGAUCCACAAUAUCAAAAUAGUGAACGACAGCAAACAGUGGGUAGCAAGGUGGAAAAUCUCAAAUAUUUUCUUAUUGCUUCCAGAGUUACAGAAACCACGCUGCUGCGCAAUCUGAAACAGAUUUCAGAUUUAAGACAAGAUGGUGCAAAGAAACAGAUCCUUCUCUUGAAUGAAGCAUGUUGUAACAAGGUCAAAAAAAACAGGAAAAUAACUUUAAAUCAGGGUUAAAAAAUAAUAGCUCUCAUAUGCAGCUGCAGACAUGAUGCACACGCUGACCUGUCAUCAACUUAACCCACUAAAACUUCAUCGUUUUAACUGGAACACAGUAUUUCCUCAGGUUUAAUAAUUCUGUUUUAUCUGCUGUCAUUUAAAAAAAAAUUAUAGCUUGCGGCUUAAUUUGAAAAUCCCACAUGCAAUUUUGGAAAUAUCAAAAAGUUCAGGCUUGAAUCCAUCCAAUCCAUUUUCUUAUUAGAGUCUGAAAAAUAAGACAACAGACCAUUUUUAUGAUGUUAAUAAAAAGACCCCGCAACGUCUGGGUCAGAAAGUUCACCAUCACAGUUUACGUAUCAGAUGUACAGAAACCAGACUAACGGGGUAAAUCAUAUGAAGACGUUUUUUCUCCCUGCGAGAGUAUUCGACCAAGAAAGACUCGUAUUUAUGUGUCUGUGAUAUUUUCAGCAACAGUCUGAAAAUGACAGAUUGCUGUUACUGUAUCGUCUGCGUUAACUGCGUUAAUAUUGAAUGAGGGAAAAUGAAAUGUCAGUGGUUAGCCUACCCUUGACCUUUGACCUUUUCUCCUUCUUACAGAAAUCUAUAGAAUUCAUUGCAGAGAAUCAAUGAUUUGGAAAGUGAUAGCCAAAGAGGAAGCUAAUGGAUGAAAGUGAAAAUCUGCAGCACCUAAGGACUCGUGCAAAAUGGCCAAAAAAAGCAGAAAACACAGAGAAAGAUAUUUACACCCAUGUAAGAGCAUGGUAAAAUAUUUAAUUUGUACUACCCUGUAGUUAGGUUCAUUUGUGCUCUAAUGUGGCGCUUACACCAAGCGCGAGUAAAAUCAUCUACAGGCUUAAUUUGUGCUAAACUCGACUCAUGAAUGAAUCCUAUAUUCUAUCUUCAUUUGCGCGUCAACGGUAAUUUUAACGGUUUUCCCCGCCAAUUCAGUUGGCAGGAUCAAGUGAUUUGACAAACGUUUUUUACAAUUUACCAGGUAAUCCGACCUCCUCACUCACUUGAAGGCGAGUUUCUUUUUAUUCCGGUUUUGAUAAUUAAAAGAAAAGGUAUCAUACAAUUCAGGGCACCCACACACCGACACAAUCAGUUUGUCCUCCGUUUUUAGAUACUAGUGAACAACCGUCCGUUUUCAUACAUCACCCAACAACCUUGAUAUCCGCUCAAGUUGAGACAUUUUCAGCUCCAGCCCAAUUCGCGUCACUUGCGCCGCCAGAGUAGUAAAAGUGUCUAAUCGCGUCUUUGCGUUGACUUAACAUGUAAUUCAUUCGCAUGAAUGAUUUGACUCGCACUUCGUGUGUGGAGACAGUAAAGAUAGGCUUUUCGGAAUAAGUGUUUAUGUGGCUUCUCUGUCUUUUGCAGCCAGCCUCUAGUGGACAGCCGUGGAACUGCAGUUUCUAGCACUUCUGAAUGCUCUUUAAUUCUUAAAACUGAAAGCUGAUUGGUUAAAACAUUUGAAGUCGUAAAAGCCAGAAAAUCCUGCUGCCUUCAUGUUAACAGAUGGGACAUGAGUCAAACACACGUCAAAUACAGUUUCCCCAAACACUGUUUCAAUCAAAGUUAAUUUUUAUCCGUGCUGAUUUAUUAUCAAAUCCUCAUUUUUUACCUCAGUUUUAGCUUUACUUUUGUCAGACUGCGGAGUAGAUGUUGCCCAUCAUUUUACACAGUCAUCAACAAAAGUUUGAAAUGCAUCAGCAUCUAGGAACUAACAUUUCUUAACAAUCAGAAUGAUACUCCUCCCAGUUUCUUUCUUUAUAUUUGUAUGAACAAUCACAGACUGGAGCUAUAAGUUGAAUAUUGUUUCUUUAUUUUAAUUUGACUGCAGAUUUUUCUCAGGUUAUACCAUCGAAAUCAAAACUAAAACUCAAAAUGUUGAAUCCACUUCAGGAUUGUAGCAGUUACUGUGAAGUUCCAGUUACCUGUUGUAGUACAUACUUUAUGAUUAUAUGAGAAAAUUGAUUUAUCUGUCAUGUAUUGUCUAACUUGAUUGGCUCAUUAUUUGAUUAGUUGUAGAAACUUGAGGCUACUUUGCAUCAGUCAGCAUUAGGUAUUUAAUUUGGCUGUUGUGUUUCCUUUGUGCAUUUGCAUUUGUCCUCCUUGAUUACGAGAAACCCUGCUCCUGUACAGUACGGUGAAUUACCCUUUGGCCUUUGUUUUUUAAAUUCCUCUUAAUCCGUGUCACCUUUUCACCUCUCUGAAUGAAGCAGAAAUUCUCACCGAGCGAGGGAGAACAACUGCUGAGAAGAGGAGACACUUGUUUGACUCCCAGAGCUACCUGCCCUGGGUGAUCAGGAAUGAAACUCCCUCAGGCGUGUUUUUUUCUUUUUUUUCUCAUUGUUGGAGAGAAAUAGAAGGGAGGGGCGAGAGAGAGCGAGAGGAGCCAUAGGUGACCUUUUGGAUUAUCAGUUCGCUGCCUGAGGUGAAUGAGUGGGAGAGAAAGAGAGAGGUUGUGGUAAAGGUAAAGGUGUGAAAAAAGGGGCGAUGUGUUCAUUUCCUCUCUGCUCUGCUUGUUGGCUCCAGGCAGUGGAUUUUCACCCAGGCCUCACCUUGAUGCACAUUGCCUUGUCAGUGCAAAGUGUGUGAAAACUCCACCCACAAGGAGAAGAGAGCGAGGAAGUCUCUGUGUUAAAACUUCACUUUGAGGUGCGCAAUACCUGGAGAGGUUUCAACAGAUGCAGCAGAGCAGGUCACUAAAAAUCUGAUUAUAGCAUCAUUUACCUUCAGGGAGCUUUGAGAUGUAGUCGAUCAUAAACGAGAAAUAACUGCAUGUUCGAAAACUGUUUUGCUGACGUGACGUUUUUGGCAAAAUAGAUUCGCUUAGAUGACCUCAGUUUGACCUGAAACAAUAAAAUAUAGAGCUCAAUAUUAAAUAUAAGAUGAUUUACUGUCACUAAGAUUUAAAACAGCUGAAAUAAAAGUCAAAAAAGUCUGAAAUUUGAUCAUCUACAUUUUUUCAAAACCCUGUGAAAUCUAAACGUGUCGUUUUUGUCUCACUUGUGCAAAGACAGAGCCGUAGAGGAGAUAUACAACAACACUAAAAAAUCACAGCUGCAAAGGCUGAGGUUAAAAUAAAGUAAAAAAGAUAAGAUUUUAAAAUAUUAUUAUAGAUUUAAGUGACAAAGUGAUCCAUAAGUGUGUAUCUGUAUGUUAAAGAAUGGAUAACCAAUGACAGUUGAGUAUUUAGAGUGACUUGACUUUACUAGGGUAAAAAAAAUCACUGAUACCUGGCUGGUGACUUUUACGUAUUGGUUUGUGAAUAUAAGAUUUGAAGCCCAAAGUUGGCAGUCACAUCAGAAAUGCUGAUAUAGUGGCUGUAAAGCAUUGUAGCUAAUAGGGAGUCUUUGCUUUUGCAACCAACCCCAAACGCACACACGAGGAGUUUUGGUGUUUUGCACUAAACGUUCAACCUAAGUGUUGUUGUUCUGAUUUAAAUAUAUCAUCUGUUUUUCCCCAUCUUCUUCAGCUACACAGAGAUAAUUAAGUUAUAUUUAUUUUGGAAAGGUUGGUACGUCCUGGAAUCUUUCAAGUAUGAGGAUGUCUCCAGUGUUUUAUGGUUUUAAACCAAACAUUGGCUAAGGGCAGUCUGUCACCGUGUCAGUUCAAAGCUUCGGUCCAGUGCGUCAUUUUGUCAUUUUGGAGACCACAUGAAAUACCGAAACCUCACCAUUCAGGAAGAUACUACAGAUUGUGUGGGACACUGGUCAGUGACCAUAAUUGAGCUUUAGUUGCAAAAAAUUACAGCAAUUUCUUAAAAAGACAUCCGACAAAACAUGCAAAUAUGUAAAAUGAAACCUCUCCUUAAGGUUUGAUUAAAAAAGUGCUUCUUCUUCCUCUUCCUCUUUGGAAUAAAAGAGAGAGCUGUCAGACUUUGACCCAAGAAACGACUUUAUAAACAAUGACAUAGGAAUAUAAAACUCUUGGUUUAAAGGAAAAAAAUAAAACUUCAGAACAACUAUUUCCCUCAUCAGUCUCUCUCUCUCUGUUUCAAAAUCCUCUUGUUGUUCCUCUUCCCCUCCUUUUAGCAAGAAAGCACAAGAGAAAUGUUCUUAUUGGAUUCAUUUCUGUCCUGAGAUGUUGCCACUCCACAGAGCACAGGGGCCCGACGUGUUUAUGGUCAUGUCUGUGAGCAGUUGACAGGCGCUGGAACGCCACACACAACCACAUUUAAUUAGAACAAGACUGUUUGACUUGCUGCAUAACCCUGUUAUUACUCUGACUGGGAGGCUUGGUUUCAAUAACUCCACACAUGAAACAGGGGUACCGAAGCCUACUGCAUCCACCAAAAAAAAAAAGCUCUGUUUUUCAGAGUAAUUGUUUUAUGUUCUAUUUUUCGGACUGAUUUUCUCUCUUCUGUUUUUUAGAGUAAUUUUUUUUCUUUUUUUCAGAUUAAUUUUUUUGUUUUUGUUUUUUUUGGGGGGGAGGUUUUCAUUUUUCAGAGUAAUUUUUUUUGGUUUUCUGACUAUUUUUUUGUUUUUCACAGUAUUUAUUUUUUCUGUUUUUUAGACUAAUUUUUUUGUUUUUGUUUUCAGAGUAAUUUUUAUUUUUUGGUUUUCAAGCUAUUUUUUUUUCUCUUUUCUGUCUUUUUUUUUGUAAAAAAAAAUGUAGGAAAAAAGUUUUUGUUUUUCGUGUUUUUGUCUUUUUUUUCUGGUUUUUGAAGUAUUUUUUUUCUCUUUGUCAUUUUCCGAAAAACCGAAUGACGAAAAAAAAAAAAAAAAAUAAUAAAAAUUUGUCUGAAAAACAGAAAGAGGGGGAAAAAUAUUAGUACAAAAAAACAAGAAAAAUAUUCUCAGAAAAACUAAAAAGUCCAAAAAAACAGCGAAGAACCCCCCCCUUUUUUCUUUUUCUUUUUUUUUUUGUGAGUGAAUGCAACACGCUUCCGUACAGGGGUUAUGUCAAAUGAGGAAAACCAGGCGGCAUUUAUAGUUGUGGUUAUUGUCACUACUUUUGGACCACUGAGGGUUUACAAAUGUGACGAAUUCAUAGAUGAAUGUUGGACAGACACAAACAUGCACACAUUAAUCCAGAUGGAGGGUAUCAAUUCUCAAUAACCCUAAGGGAAUCCAUUGGCUCAUCAAUAAUUCACAUACCUGAUUGGGAACGGAUUUUCUAUCGGCUGAUUUAAUUAUCGGACAAGUAAAGAGGCUUUUAGCGGCAGUGUUCUUUCUAUUAAGGUAAUCGCUGUAUUGAUAAACCAGCAGGAUGGUACGUAAGCCAACUGUCUUGGGACGCUCCUGAUGGACGCUGAGUGGUUUCUUAACAUUGUGACUGACCGUCCAUCCUGACCCUCCCAUCCCCCCGUCUGGUUUUGCCAAGUCUAGUCUUACCGCCGUCAAGCUGCGGGAUGAGAAGUAAAGAUGACUCAAUGGUUAAGUCUGCUCAGUUUGGAACAAAAAAACAUUCCUCUCCCACAGUGGUAUGCAUGAAAGUCAGACAGAUGGCAUCCUAACCAAAGCACACAUGGAUCGGCUUGUGCAUUUUGCCAUAUUUACACAGCGGCCAAUUUCCCCUGACAUUAUGCUCGGGGCGAGAAGCUCAAAUGCUGCUAUUUGAAACACUAUUAGAGAGUAAUCUUUGCUAGGUAGUUGUUAAGAGCGGGAUAAGAGUUUAUCGAAUAAAAUAUGGCCCUAUUGACAGCUAAAAUACAGACCAAUAACUUUUCAGAUUUUCACUUUUUUUAGAUUACAGAAGAGGAUUAGGGCCACUGGAAAAAAAGUAAAGGUCAAAUAUAUAUAUUUUUAAUUAUUAUUCUGAGUUUAAAGUCAGAAUUUUGAGAAAAAAAGUCAGAAUUCUGUCUUUAAUCUCAGAAUUCUGAGAAAUAAAUCAGUUUAAAGUCAGAAUUCUGUCUUAAAUCUCAGAAUUCUGACUUUAAACUACAUUAAAGUCUGAAAAAGGUCUGAAAUAUCAAACCUUUUUUUCCCCUAGUGGCCCUAAUCCUCUUCGAUUAGAUGCUGGCCUAGUGGAAACAAUUUACGAAAUGUGCUCUCGUUAUAAAAUGGACUCAACUCUGAACCAUCUCCUGGUGAAAUUAAACAGCUUUGAAUGGCGCUGUGGAAUCACCAAUAUUAGCCCCAACAUACUGGGCCCAUGUGACUAAGCACUGGAGAAUACGCGCCUGUUUCAGGCUGGAGGGCUGUGAUAAUGGGACUUUUGGGAUCCAUAAAAAGAGACGGCUGCAGGGGUGUCUGCAUGUCUCAAUGUGUGAAUCAUGUUUUCUGCUCCUGAACGCAGCUUGGGCUCUGCUCAAAGCUUUGAAUGUUUCUGGUUGUCUCUGUUUUUAUUAUGCUCUUCAGAUGGUGUAAGAGGACCCAUGAACACAGGGUCUUUGCUCUCAUGCUUCACGGUCUGAGUUAGUGAACAAAGUGAGUUUGUAUUCGCCGUUUAAAGUGUUUUUACGUCGGGAGACUCACUGUAGUAUAAGCUAGCUUUCGAAUCCAAACACUCAACAUGCUAUUUCACCUUCAAUCUAAGGGUGCAACACUCUACUAUGAUAACUUGACUUUUUUUGGCAGGUUUGCAAAUAAUUUAAUCAUAUGUAGUCUUUUAAUUUAGAUUAUUUCUUUACUUUCCUUUUGAUCUGCAGUUAAUGAUAAGAGGAGGAAUAUUAUGUUCUUAUUUCAGGGUAAAACAACAUCUCUCGUUUGGUAACUCAGAGCAGCUUACAAUCGUAUCUAAGCAGUUUCCAGCUAAUGUUGAUAUUAGUUGUCCAUAUACCAAAAGACAAAGAUGUUCAUAUGUUUCAUAUUACAUAUGUGUGAAACCAUAAUGAGUUACUGUAUUGAUUCAAAUAUAGGAGGACCCUCAUUAUGAGAAUACCCCUCCUUAUCAAGACUUGUUUUCAAACAAUACAUCCUCUGGACUAAAUUUUGUUUUCAUAAAGAAACAAACUGAAUUAAUAAAAUUGAUUAAAUAAUCGAAUUUACAAGGACGAAAUGUUUGCAUGUGUAAAUCAGGCACUAAUAGUGUCAGUAUACCAUUCAUGGUGAUACACAGAGACUGUAUAUAGAAUGGACGCCGUCUGCCUCCUGGGUGAAGCCACCGCGAGAACGGCACCCUCUAGUGACGGGCUGCAGUAUAGGUCAUAAAUCCCGCCUCCUCAAGCAAGCUGUGAACAAACUUUAGAAGUUUAUUACACAGAAUAUAAAUGUUUCUCCCCCCUGGUUGUGAUGUCAACAUGUAGUCACUGUAAGACUGGUUUGUGCUCAAGUCCUCAUUUUUCUGUACAGCUCCAUCUUCAAAAGUUAGGUUCAUGUUUUCUAUGAUUGACACCUGAUACAGCCUAUGGACGUACGAAGAUUGUGUUAUUCAGAUGCUGUUUGAGCAGAGCGUCAUCACAGCGACUCUCCCGCUAAAUGCAUACAACGCUAUUGCACAAGUAUUGGUUCCAGGAAGUGGCGAAAAUCUCUGAAAUACAGAGAGCAAUUCGGCUUCAAAUUAGUAUAAUGACGGGAGGCGGAGCCAAGUUGUCCAUGGUAUAUACAGUCUAUGGGAAUACUGUGAAAAUUGAAAUAGCCUGCAGUCUAUUGGAGGGAUGCUGGUUCUGCUCACAGGCAAAUUUCAAUCACUUCUUUCCCAUAAAGCUGCACAAGUGUAAUUUGACUCUGUUUUCUUUUACUGUCUUUGGAAAUUAUGGUCUCAAGGAUUUUAUAUUUCUUGGCUUCUUGGUAAAAAAAUGCCCAGAAAUGGUUGAAAAGCUUGUGACUAUCAGAUAUGCUGUUUUGCCUUUGAAUAUGACUUGAUUUCCACUUGAUUAUUCGGUGUGUAAGGAAAACGAGGACAUGGGGAAUCACAGUACUUGAUGAUAAUUAGUAAAAUACUGUAUUUCAAGUCUCGGCCCUUGUUCGAAAAUGGGAAUUCAGAUUUUCAUUGAAAAAGCUCAGCCGCUGAGAGCCAAGUACAGCUCUUUUCUCAUGAACGAUGAGCCCAUAUGUUGACCCACACUUAGGCAUGCCUCUCUGCUCUUUGUUCCUCUGCAGUUCAUAUCAAGAUCGGAGCUCCAAACAGCUGCUGCCGCUGCUACACUUUCUCCCUGGGAAACCUGAGCUGUGCUAUUGAUCGGCCUUCCUCUGGUGGUAGGUAGUUCUCCAGCAGCCUGAUGUCUCCACGAUCACUUCAUGACCUUAAACGACAGUGGGGGUGUGAUGAACGACAGACAAAAACAUUCCACAUCAAUCUUCCCAGAAUGAUUUCAACAUUCUCUCUCUCUGAGGAGACGUGUCUAUUUUAAAUAAUUUUCUGUUCAUGACCACCAAAUCCUUUAACCCCUGUCUGAUGUGACCAUUUGUUUCUUUUUCAUGAUGUAUAUUUAUCUUCAUUACAUAAUCCGUGUCUGCAGAAUCUGCACCAAAGGCUUCGACUAACACGCUGCUGAGAAAGGUAUGCUUUUUUAAUGUCACUCUGAAUGUGCAGGCACGUUGUUGUUCCUUGUCUGAGGCAAACCAGGCAAAGGUGGAUUUAUUAUUUCAUACUUUAAUGAUUAUCUGGCUCGCUGUGUUCGACAUAAUUUUACUAGCCUGUCACUCCAGCCUGGAGACAUGGCUGUUAAACUUGGCCUAAUCCAGCCUGAGGAAAAGGGGGGAGAAAAAAAGGCCACGCCAGUCCAGCGAAAAGAUAGGCAUGGAGCAGGGGGGGGAUGCCGAAGAAAAAUAUCUCGACGGCAUUUUGCAAAAGCACCUCUUAAGUUAAGAAAACAUAAGCGCUGAGGAGAAACAGCUGUGUGCACUGAAGCCUGGCAUCCCGAGGACAAAAACACAGGCCGUUAAUAAUAAAAAUAAUAAGCCUGCUGAGUUCUUAAUAAAAGGACCCUGAUGAGAUAAUUCAGAGGAGUGAGGGGCCCUCGCUGCAUCGCAGACUGACCUUGUCACCGCACCAGCUCCAGCACCAAAGAAGAAGAAGAAGAGAGAAGGCAGAAGGGUAGGAGUUGGCAUGGAUGAUGGUAUGUUGCUUCACCACAGAAGAAGAAAGUUGGCAGGGUGACCUGGUGCCACACGUGGGUACAGACUGCACCAUGUUAAUACUGGCCGAGAGCCAAGCUAGAGCCAAGUCUGGAUUGGAUAGUUCAGCAUUUUUGUGUGGGUUUAUUUGUGAGUGUGUGCGGUUUAUGCGCAUGCUUGUAUUCCUAGCUUAGCGCAGAAUGCCAGGGGAACCCCGAGCCACCCAGUUUUUCAUCCUGUCCUUUUUCCUACCGACUUGAUUUUUGCCACAUUUCUGUCAUCUGCCUCUCUCCCUCUCUGUCUCUUUUUCCACCAUCUGGCUUCAGUGAACAGACCUCUGACAGAAGUGCUUAGACAGCUCCGACUCUCAGGUGCUGGGUGGUGUUAAUAGGCUCAUUUUAUUCCCCCAAAUCUCUCUGCAGAACCCUCAGUGAAAACUCAUAUUCAGGCGGUAAAUUCAGCAGAUCUCUUACGCAUUUCUACCAAAAGGUCCAGAAUACAUACACUGCUAAAAUCUUGGGGGUUCUGACUGGAUAGUAGCUUCAUUUGUCUUUCAAACCCCUUGAGAUUUUUCAUGCCAUGGCACGAGUGGCAUGUAGCCAAGUGUAGCUCCAUGUCUGACUUGAUUUAUUGGAAUCCAGGGAGCGGGAAUAAUUGAGAAAGGAGAGCAAUAGAUCAUAAACCAUCAUAAUCACAGUAACUAUGCCAUCAUAAAACAGCAGCCAAACCUAAAGUCGAGACUAAAGGGAAAUCCGUAAAGACUGCAACAUGAAAAUGAGAACUGUGAGAAAAAGGAGAGCGACCUCAGACCAGAUAUGGUCAGUAAAGUAAUACGACCGAGAUUAGUCAUGCAGUAGACCGUCUUUUAAAGUACCCUGUAAGCCCGGGACACCGCAGGAGUUGUGACAAGUUUUUUGGGGGGGAUUAUAUGAUUAAAAACACAAACUCCAGUAUUUUUUAAAUUUUGGUUUUGGCACAGACCUGGUGAAAAUAAAACCAUUAAAAAAUUAAAGCUCCUCUAUACAAAACUUCAGUUUGUGUUGAUUUUGGCGCCUCCUGUGGACAAACUCUUAUUUCUUGUUACAGCCUCUAUACAAGCAGUGCUUAAAGGACGUAUCUCAUCCUUCUUUCUAGACAGUUUGUCAUUAUUGGAGAGUACAGCUAAAAAGAGAGACAUGCCAGUUUGCAAAAGGAAAGAAAUGUCGUAGAAAGUCAAGAUCAGUAGACAUCAACCACUGAAAUUUGGACUGUAGUUUCUGUAUAUGAGGUGAACUCUUCAAAUGUUAAUCCAAUCAACUGCACUAAAUAAUAACUAAAAGGACUAUUUUGUUUGUAGUCUCAUUGGACAUCUACCUGGUAAAGUUUCUACAGGUAUUUAAAAUCACAGUUCAGAGAAAGUCAGUCAUGUUGUCAGCGCUUAUAUUUGCUUACAAAGUUUGUAAACUUGCAUCAGUAUCAAUUUCAGUCUGUUAUCGACCAGAUAUGAACCCUUACAGGUGCUUUAAAUUACCCAAACCUGCAAUGCUUUUGACUGUGUGUUCAGUAAAUCAAGCCUAACUAUUACAACCAUCUCAUACAAAAGCUUUUCUUAGCUACACAUAUGCCGGUUUUUGGUCCAAAGACAAAAGCAGCAACAGAUGAUCCUGCCUGUAGUUUCUGAAGAGCUCCAAUAAAUGAAAAGUUACCUCUCUGCAGGGACACAGGAAACAUGGUUAGAAAGUAGAAAGGUGAGGAUAUUAAAAUCACUAUGCUGAUCAGAUAAAGACUAGCCUCUUUAAUCGUGUAACCUCAGGUUGUAAGUUUAAUAUGAAGUCUUUAAUAAGUUACAACAUGUGGAUUACCAAGUGAAAUUUUUUUUUUACACCGACAGAACAAGCCGUAAACUAGAGGCGAAAUUGGCUCAAUAUAAACAUGCGAGAAGAACAGGCAGCCCACAGUAUCCUCUGAAUUUACUUUACAAAGAGGCUGGCUGCAGAACUGAGCUUAUAAAGCAUUUUAAUGUCAGCAUUGGAGGUUCGUUAGACUGAUACUUGGCAGUGAACAGGCCUGAGAAUUACACAUUAGACGACUGAGUUAUCUCCAGAAAUUAGGGCACCAUAUAACAAUUGUGAGUUACCAAGGAGUGUAAAGUCAGAAGUCAGGUUACUAAAUGCAUCUUUAGCCAGGUUUUGGAUGACGAUCUGAGAAGAAGCUCUUAUUCUGAAGCCCACAAAAAAAACUGUAAACAGACUGUAAAUAUUUAAUCCCCCUCCUCUCCCUGAUGCAGAGCUGAAACUGAUAUGUCAACAGUGGAGUUGAAUGGUCAGUUCAGACUCUUUCCUUGGGCUGCGAUUGUAUUGUUGUCAAAGACAGUACAGGGAGUUGGCCAAGGAGGAAGUGAAAACAACCUCCAUCUAAACCCACAACUCGAGAUACAGUAUUAACUCACAGAGACACACAAACACACAGACCUGUAGUCCUGUAGUAUUUGUUUCACAAAGUGUUCACUUCCCAGCUGGUUUAACCGCUGAGAAGGAGGCAGGGUCGAGGGUGUUAGUUAGUUAACACUGUUUACGGCUCCUCGGGGCGAAUUCUGUGACUGAGUGAGAAACAGGUUUGCUUAUGCACAGGGGGAUUCAAUGCCAUGAAAAAUAAGGUAGAAAAAAUAAGUUUUAGAGGUCAAUGGCAAUUUGCUGUUGUUUAUCAGACAUUAGUCCUUGUUUGUUACGUGUGCGUUUAACAUCCAAAUGGUUUUGCACAGAAGAGCAAUAAUUCUUUAAACUGUUACUUGUAGAUUUCAUCAGCUGCAGCAAGCUAAGCCAGAGUUGGCUGAAAAAUCACAGUCUCAAGCCCGUUUCCCACAUGCCCUUGACUGUACAGUAUUUCUCGACUUUGCCUAGGUGGUCUCAAUUUUUCACCUCGAUUUUGACGUGACUUUUUCCUGCCAACCAUGGGUGCAAUGUCUGCAGGAAGGAUGAGCUGAUCUUCGAACGCUUCAGGUCACAAUUCAGAGGGGUGACGUCAGCCUGUGGAUGAAACUAAAUCUAGAAACUUAUCUAAAGGGCUUGCUAUAAUGAGUGACAAUUGUCUGCAGGCCAGUUAACGUACUGAGGAACUUGAUUUUACCAUCGUGGGAAACAAUAGUUUCACACAUACAGGAAAAAGCAGCCAAACUGGAACUCAUGCUGUCAUGUUUAGGGACACAUUGGGCAUCAUGGAGCACAUUUUGUGUAUUUCUUACAUUUUAUCCUCUAAAAAUAAACAUUUUUUUGAUAGGGUUCAGUUUAAAGUUCUCUUCUACCUAUAAAUCGUGGUUUCAGACCACAUAGUGUAGCAGUGCAGAGUUUAGUGGAAUAAAAGUCAUGAUCAUGGAGGACAUUUCAUUGCAUUCAUUCAAAUUCCAAAUCAAGACACUUGUAAUAUUUGUUUUUAAAUGCAAAAUAAUGGGAUUUCAAGUAUGCGAUUAAAUGCGAUUAAUUGCGAUUAAUUAUUGAAAUUCUGCGAUUAAUCUCGAUCUUUAAAAUACAGCCCUGAUUAAAAACAUUCACUUCCUAAUUUUAUUUUUCAUAAAACUUAAAACCUGAAACUUCUGUGUUGUUGUUCAUGUGAGCUAACAGCCAUCAGUACACAUAAGUGGAGCACAUAUUUCUGCACAAACCUAAAGCACAAUGAUCAUGUGGUGUUGUUUUAGGGUUUAAAAACAUAUCCUGAAGCUCUGCGUGUUUGGUCUGAUAGUCUGACCACAAUGUGUGAUGUCAGUGUUUUGAGAGCUUAGACUGGAAACCUGCCUUCCCGUCCGCCCCCCACUCUUCGCUCCUUCAUCCCCUUUUCCCCUUCCUCAUAUAUGGUUCAUGUGUUGCUGAUUACCCUCAAGUCCAGGUCUGGACCCACAGCUUCCACCUUCCCCUCUCAUAUGGUUUAAAGCAGCCGACUCCCUCGCUUAAAGUCCCCCAAAGGACUCCCACCUCAAAGAACCCCACAGCCACAUUUGUGUGCAGAGGUACGUGUUUGUGACGAGUGUGCGCGCGGGUACAGUUUGCUCAAACAAAGACAAAUACACACAUAAUCACACAUGCAUACACAUACGUCCUCCCUUACCCUCUUUCCCUGGAGUCCUUUUGAUUGACAGUGCCCGCUCCUGCAAGGGAUUAUAGUGAAAAAUGGGAGUUGGGGGUGGAGGGGGUGUGGGGUCCCGGGGAGGGGUGAAGGGGUUUGAGGCCGGGGCGAGGGAGAGUGAGAAAGAGGGCCGAGGAUUAGGCCCACUGAGCUUCAUUAACCUGAAUGUUUACACAAGCUGAUCUCUCGCAAUGAGACCCUUUUCCUUCCCACAAGUGUCCCCUUCAAGAAUCCGCUGCCCCUUCCUCCAUCCCCGCAGUCCCACUGAAGCAGUGGAGCUCUGUCCACAUGCUGCAAUUCAGGCAUGCAGCCCAGCCUGAUAAGGAUUAGGGGUAAUGUAGCUGCAAAGCAAUGCUCAGCUGUAAACUCCAGGUUUAUCCAGGUCGAGGGUUUUUCUUAUGUUUUCUAAAGAAGAAAAUACUUCUAAUAAUUUCGAAAUAAACAUGCAAGUUUUGGAUUUUUGGCAAUGUUUGGAUAGAAUUUUGCACAGAGUUGUGGGUUUUGGAGAUUAUACGGUUGUUACACCAUGAAGAGAAAAACAAAGACUGGAAACGAUCGAGAAAUAUGCUAGAGGAAACCAAUCUGUGUAUUUUGCAUGGUCCUAACCGGUUUGCUUCCUUUCCCAAGGCUAUCCCCGCUAAUGUGCAGCAUCCAACAUUCAUUUUGAUUUUAAAACCAGAAAACUGAAGGGAUUUUGAGACUUAAGGACAAUAUGCCACUUUAUGUCCCAUGAAGCAGUUUGCAGAGUACUGUUUGAUACAUAUUUACAGGCUACUUUUAACCAAAACAAGUGUUUGAGGGAUUAUUUUGGAGAUUUGGGAGUUAACUGUGAUAGCCAAUAGUGCCAAAUGGAACACAGAGAAGGAAAUCUGACUAUCUUCUAGCUUAUCUAGAAGAAGACAAAAAGUUGGAAGUAAGGCCAACUAUGCGCCCACCUGUCAGUCAAGCAAGCCACACCCCUGAUAAUACAAAAGGAUAUUUAAACACUAAAUCAAACAAAUAGUGUAUGAAACAAUGGACGGUACAACAGCUAUCGCAAGUGAAGCCAAAGCUUUGAGAGCUCUCCCUCUGAUUGGCUGCAAUAUAAAUCAGAAACCCCGCCUCCUCUACUAUAACAGAGGGAACAUGGGUAAAGUUAGAUCAUUUGAUGUCAAGUUCACUUUUCUCAAGUAGGCUAAAAGUUCCUCCCAUGCUGAUUAUUUUAGUUUUCAUUUACGGAGAAGUUUCGUUUUUUGUUGUUUAGUUCAGUUAUUGGUAGGGUGACCAUAUUCUGAAUCCCCAAAAAGAAGACACAACUGCGCAGGGCGGAGUCGCAAAGUCGCACAUAGUUAAUUUUGAGGGUUUUUCUGGUCGGGUCGAGUGUUUUUUACACUCUUCUAACUCAGUUAGUCCACGCUACACAAACUCAAAACUUUCAUACAAAACUCCGGACAUUUGAAGGAUUUUAUAAACUCCCUUGGACAAAGCUGGACAGCCCCCAAAAAGGAGGACUUGUUCAGGUAAAAGAGGACGUAUGGUCACCCUGGUUAUUAAGCAAACUAGCUGCAGUAACAUUCUGGUCACCUAGAUGUUAAACUUUUCGAAAGUAGAGGUCUGUAAAGUCUGUUUUCAUUCACUGCUUUUGAAUAAAGGCCUAACUCACAGGUACCCACGGUCACAAUAAAAAGGCAGAACGAUCAGGAAUUACAGAUUUGUUGGAUCCGUUCUGCGGUUUUUGUGGUUCCUAUAAUGAACGACUCUUGGGAAUUCAACCAGAGGUAGAACAUGUGACACUUUUGACAAAACAGUUCCUGUUUUACUUGUGUGUGAAUAAAUCACGGCUAAUUCUCUAAUGCACUACCACAUCAUGUAUUACAAAAGUACAAAAGGGAGCUGAGAGCCGGUAAAUUAGUGCCAAUCACACAGCAGACUUCAAACACGCCGACUUGUGCUUUUGUUGCCGCUCUCCAAGGACCUGCUGAGUGGCCCAGAGUUGUGCCUGAGCUCUAAAGACAACACUGGGGGCUAUUUGCUUCUCAGAUUAAAGAGGUUGAGCAAGACAGCGGCAGCAGUAGGAAGACGAGCUCCAGAGGUUUCCCCCCUAAAGAGCAGUUAGCUGAGACGGACUGCCUGUAUUGUUUAGCAUCUCUGAGAAGGGGUGUUUUCUCUCGGCACUGAGGUGGAAAAGUAAAUUAGCGUUCACUCUGAGCCUGGCUCCGGCUCUGACGAACUGAGAAUGGUGUGUCGACAGCCACAAGACCGCUCUCUUCAAAGAGCUCGAACUUUAAGGACGCGGCUCGUGCUAAAGUAAACACAGAGAAGUCAGAGCGCUCGGUGAGACGGGCAGGCUGUGGCAUGUGUUUCAAAAUCGCCAUCACAUCAAAUAAGAAGACAGGUUGAGGGGAAGUUAUUCUGCGAGAGGCGAUUCUUCAUCUGCCAUGUGGGUCUAAUUCUUAACCCUGAAUGAUUGUGAAAGCCGUUGGAGGUCAGUGAAGGUCCAUGCCUGCCUGACAAGAUGCUGAUCUGAGGCACGAAAGGAGGAGAAACACAGGGGGAGAGAGCAUGAGAGCAAAAGAGAAAGACAGGAGGGCCGACAGUGAGCCUACAAGAGUGCCAAAUCACGACUUCUGAGGAGCGGCCGUCCACACGAUCUCAGACAGGAAAGGGAAUGUGGGGGGAAGAGAAGGGGAGAAUGAGCGAUUGGAGAGAGGGGCGCAGUGAGGAAAAGAGAGGAAUAGUUUUUGAGGAGACAUCUGGAUUUGAUUAGGAGGGGCAGUGUGGACAAGCCAGUCUCUACCGCUUGUUUUGACUGGGCCUUUUAGGUGGAAGUUGAUGUUGUUUGUUUUUUAAUAGCAAGUGGCUUGUUAAGUGAUGAACGCAAGCCAUGGGCACAAUGGGUUUACAAGGAUUAGGCAUUUUGAAGUAAUGCUUUUUAUCUCCCCGUGUGUUUGUAAGAGAACAAAAUGUAUUUGUGGGAGUGCACGACUACUGCGGGGGAGGCUGGAAUAUACACAAAGCAUAAAUUUCCCUCAAAAUUCAAAACCUUUCUUCUUCUUCAGAGUUGGCUUUCUAAUGCUCUUUGAUGUACCAAGGACAUGAGCCAAAUUUGUUAACAAUCCUUUUUCCAGGGUCCCAGAAGCUCAAGAAAACCACAGGAAUUCAGGGAGUCCAUGCAAAUGAAGAAAAGAACAAAACUAGACUGGAACGGAUGACGCUAAAGAAGAAGAGAGAAGAACUGAAUUAAAAGGAAUUAAGUAAAAAAUGACAAUCUGAAAGAAAGAUGAAUCGACUUGAACUCAGACUGCAACCCUAACCCUAUA